AUAGCUGGUUCCCGACAAGAUCAAAUCUGACCAUGAUGAGAAGCAGUAUUACGGUUGCUCAGAAGAGGAUUGCGUAGGCCGACCUGUCAGCUAGUUCUCUCAGCCCUGCCUACCCAUGCGCAGCAGCUGUUAAGCAUACAGAAACAGAACAGCUCAUCUCACCAGGUCCAGGAUGCAUAAGUCCGAAGAAGGAGCAGACGCGAUGAGAUUCGAGGUGCUCAAGAGCGUUCUUGGAGAUGGAGCAUCCGCAAGACUGGGACGUCUCACGAUCCCGCACCGUAAAGUGCUGGAGACCCCGGGUUUCUUUCCCAUAAGUUCGAGGGGUGCCGUGCCUCACGUCACCCCGGAUAUCUUUGCAAAACACGUCGAGAGUGCAGGCGUAUACAUGGGGCUUGAGGACUUCAUUGAGAAGUCUCAGAAGAACCCCAAGAGGGAACCCCCUAUCUAUAAUGUGCCCUCGUCGCAUGCCACGCCCCUCCAUGCGUACACGGCGAUGCCGCCCUCGACCAUCACCGUGUUAGGGGCUCGGCGAUUCCCGGCCAUUGCAGCCCCGAUGGGCAAUAGCCAGAAUGGCAUCUCCAUCUUCGCCUCCACUGGCUUCCAGGGCUUAUCGACCGAGGAGUACGAGACGGCAACAGAGACGCUCAAGCCGGACAUUGUGAUACCACUGGCGGAUCUUACCCCGUCAUCUGCCACUCCAAAGCCCAAGCGAGCGCUACGAAUGGCCGAGAGGACAGAGGACUGGCUUAACCAUUGGUUCAGACGACUAGACCCGGACUCGGUGCUCAAACCAUCCAACAUUUCUGUCUUUGCACCGGUGCUCCCCAUACCCUACCCCAUGCAAUGGGAGUACCUCAACCGGCUCUCGGAAGACCACCAGCAGGCCCUAUCCGGUCUCGCCAUCUACAACACGGACAUCCUCCCGGACCUCAAGAACUACAGCUCCCUGCUUCCCCUGCCCCGCCUCUCCCUCGACGAAGCCGCGACACCCCACGACAUCCUCAAGCAGAUCUCCCUGGGCGUCGACAUCUUCCUCCUCCCGUUCAUCAACACCGCCUCGGACAACGGCAUCGCACUGACAUUCACCUUCCCCGCCCCCCAACCAGCAGCGACGCCCCCCACAGACCCAAACCCAGACACGGCCCCCCUCCCCCUAGGCAUCGACAUGUCCUCCCCGACCCACCAAACUUCCCUCCUCCCCCUCCGCCCGGGCUGCGCCUGCCACGCCUGCACGCACCACCACCGCGCCUACGUGCACCACCUCCUGCGCGCCCGCGAGAUGCUGGGCUGGACCCUGCUGCAGAUCCACAACCACCGCGUAGCGUCCGACUUCUUCGCCGGCGUCCGCGCCUCCUACGGAGCGGGGCUGGGCGCAACAGACGGCGCCCGCUUCGCCGCCGCCUACGAGCCCGACCUGCCGCCCGCCGGCGCGGACGCGAGGCCCCGCGCGAGGGGGUACCACUUCAGGAGCGAGGGCGGGGACGAGAGGCGGAACAGGCCGGCGUGGGGGAGGUUGGGCGGGGAUGGGGAGGCGGGGGCGGGGGAGGUGGUGGUGGUCGGAGGGGUCGAUGGGUUGACGGUCGCCGAGGAUGGCGUGGCGGUGAGGGACUCGGUGCAGACCCCGCUGGUGCCGGAUGGGGAUUCGGCAGAGCUGGAUAAAAGGGGAUUCGCGGAGGUGGAGGGAAAGGAGAGGUGAUGGGAUGUAUCUACUAUAGGGAGCAGAUGAUGGGCUCGCUUGGUCAUGACUGUCGCAAUGCGCGAUGCUGGAUCAUAGAUAGAGACGUUGCCAUUCAUGGGCUCUCUGCGAGUUGUUGCUAUAUCUCAUCUCAUUCACACGAGUUAUAGAGACUAUAUGCUUCAUGUGAAAUCAUU